AUGUAUAGUAAUUGUUUGAGGCACCGCCCCCAUUUAUCUUUAUGUGUUUUUCUGCUUGUCUGUGUUUUUUACGUUUUUUUCAAGCCUACCGCAUUCCAUAAAAGUUCUAGUGGCUCAUGUGUUAAUAGUUUGUGGUCCAGAAAUUUGUCAGAACCCAACAAUUCUAGAAACAGCAAUUUAUAUAAUAAUAAAUUAAAAUCCAAUCCUUAUGAUUCAAAAUUUAGAAACGAUAUAUACACAUCCAGAGGGUCUCAUAAUACUAAGGAUUCCAAAGAGAAAAGCAGUUUAAGAGACGGGGUGUCAAGAAAUAAUGCUAGCGAUGUUUCAAGAAACCAUUUGAGAGAACCUUUAUAUAAACGAUUUGAAAAAAGAAACAAUGAUCCAGAAGAAGAAAGAAAAAGAAGAGAAGAGGAAAAAAACAAAUUAGAAGAGGAAAGGAAAAAAAGAGAAGAGGAUAGAAAAAGAAGAGAGGAAGAAGAAAAGAAAAGACGAGAAGAAGAAAGGAAAAAAAGAGAAGAAGAAAUUAAUAGAUUAGAACAAGAAAGAAAAAAAAGAGAAGAGGAAAGAAAAAGAAGAGAAGAAGAAGGAAGGAAAAGGAGAGAAGAAGAAAGGAAAAAGAGGGAAGAAGAAAUUAAUAGAUUAGAACAAGAAAGAAAAAAAAGAGAAGAAGAAAGAAAAAGAAAAGAAGAAGAAGAUAAGAAAAGGAGAGAAGAGGAAAGAAAAAAGAGAGAAGAAGAAAUUAAUAGAAUAGAACAAGAAAGGAAAAAGAGGGAGGAAGAAAAAAAUAAGUUGGAAGAAGAAAGAAAAAGAAGAGAAGAGGAAAAAAAUAAAUUAGAAGAAGAAAGAAAAAAAAGAGAGGAAGAACAAAAUAAGUUGGAAGAAGAAAGAAAAAAAAGAGAGGAAGAACAAAAUAAGUUGGAAGAAGAAAGAAAAAAAAGAGAGGAAGAAAAAAAUAAAUUAGAAGAAGAAAGAAAAAAAAGAGAGGAAGAAAAAUCAAAUGAGUCUGAAAAAUCAAAUGACACAUUUUUAUCCAAUGGUGAUACUAAUUCAAAUGGAAGUACCAAUAUAGAUUCUUCCGAAUUAUUAGAAAAUGAUGUAGAUGAAUAUAGCGAUUCAAAUGAUAUAUCUAGCCUUGAUGAUUUUAAUAAUGAUAUAAAUGAAGCGUUGAAUCUUUUAUCAGAUGAUGAAAUUGAUGAUAUGAUUAAUAUCUUAAAUGAUAUUCCUUCAUUUGAAGAGAUGCACGAUAUAUGGAAUGAAUUAUGUAAGAGUGAAAAGUAUAAAUUUUUAUAUCUUAUAUAUGAUUUAAGAAAAUUAUAUGAAGAAUUAAUAGAUGAUAUUGAUGAUAUUGAAGAAGAGGAAGAAGAAUUGUGGGAAACGUGCGUUUUUGGUGUUGGUAAGAUACAAGUACAAGCAUCUGGAACUUAUAAUGAUUUAUUUAAUAAUUUAUUAAGUGAUGAAGAUGUUUCAAAAGAAGAAUUUAUUGAUUUUAUAAAAGAAUGUAGAAAUAGAUUAUCACUUAUAAGAAGUCAAUUAAAAGAUAAAUGUGAAAAAAAAAUUAUUGAUGGUUUGUCUAAUUAG